AUCCAGCUUCGUCGGGCUGUGCCGGUUCUACUCCGGAGUGACUCUCUUAAACCUUCAUUCAGUGCAUACCGGCAUAAGUGUGCUCUAACCUCAUAAUCGGAUUAUUUUAUUCUGUUUAUGGUGCACUAAUUUCAAUUGGCUAACUUCACUUCGAUCGUUGAUGACCUAGCAUCGGGAGUUGUUUCCAAAUUAUGAUGUUUCACGCUUUAUUCAUCUUAUUUUUCAAGACAUUUGAAUUUGACACAAAGCUGCAUCCAGUGCGCCAGUUAAAAGCAGGUGUGAUAAAUUUAAAUAAUAUGUACAUAAGCAGGCUACUUUCUACAUACCAGGUGUGUCGAAAAAUAAAUUUUAAUUAUUUUUUUGGGCUGCCGAUGAACCAAAAAGAUACGAGAUAAUAUGUAGUAGGCAAUUCAGAUUCAAUUAUUAUUAACUGUGUAUAAAUAAUUGUACCUAUUCAAUAUUUUAUCUUUUGUAAAGCAAAAUAAACAUUUAAUUAUUAAAGAAAACUCGAGUUUAUCGGCUCGAAACUUUUUAUUGUUUUACCGAUAAAGGUU